GGGCCUUCCGAAAAAUGGUGCAAAAUACAAACACGACGUCGUGAUGAAUAACCAGCCUUUUAUUAAUAAAAUAGGCUGCAAAUUCGUUAUUUUUCGCUAUGUAUAAAGUGUUAGAGGUUGGGAAAAUUUCUCUUCAAAGAUAUUCAUUAGUGUCGCUCCGUAAUUUAGCUGAAAACGACCAAUUGAGUGCUUCCGAAAAAACGUGCAUCUUAUGUAAACAUUUACAUUUACAUUCGCGUAUUCAAUUCAGGAAGGUUUCAUCGAUUGCUAAUAAUUCUAACUUAACCAAAACUCAGAAAAUUUUAACGAAGAAGAAGAAGGCAACCAAAUAUACAGAUAUUCUCAUGGUUGUGAAUAACCGGUCAGUUUUAAAGAAAGCAAACAUAAAAAAAUUGUCAUCAAAGGAAGUUAAGCUCUUAAGUAGUUCUCCCAUAAACUUAAAUGAACUAUAUAAAUUAGAAUAUUUGACUAGCAGGCGCUUUUUUCAAGUUGAGCACUGCUACAAUGACCUCACUAUAAUUGAUGAUUUUCCCAACCCUGGCUCCAGUGAUGUUUCCAAAUUACAACAGAAUAAUUUUAACACUGAUUUUAAUAAAUAUGAAAUAGAUUUGGGAGACCCUGCUCAAGUAAGGGAAAUUUAUGCUAAUGAAGAAGCUGUUAUUGAAGACUGUGAUUUAAAAUUACAAGAGAAGGAAGUUGAUUUAGAAAGUGUUAAGUUAGUAAAUGCGUUCCAACCAGAAGAAAUUGAAGAAGAGAGUCAUGAUCAUGUUGACUCGGGGGAAACCUCGAGAGGUAUUAAUAAAUUGAAUAAAACCAUUGUAGAGCAUAAUGUUCUAGAUCAAAAAUUUCGUGAAGAAAUUACCUCCAAAACUUUAGCAGCGUAUAUGGAAGUUUGCAACUACCUUCACAAGCCUGGUAGGGGUUUGGCUGCCUUCUAUUCCCAUAGAGUGAAGAGUAAAAAGUGUAAAAGUAUUAUCUCACUAAAACACGUAAAUGUCUACAGCACCCUGUUGAAGGGGUUUGCGAAUCGUGCCGAUUAUAUUAAACUCAAGGAAGUCUUAAAAAUUAUGGAGGAGGAUGGUCUGAAGCCCAACUUGCAAUGCUACAUCGCAAUAUUUGAAUGUCUUGGUCGACUGAAUAUGCAAAACAAUCACCUUAAGGAUAUCCGAAUUUUCACCAAGGAGGCUCAUUAUGCGGGAUAUUCAUUUGACCAAAUGAUGAACAAUGGGGUAUUUUUAAACGACGAAAGGGAGAUUGUGUUGGCUGCUAUGCGGGCGUACAAUCCAAAAUAUGUUCCCACCUAUGAGGAUCCCAAAAUUUUCUACAACAAUCACUUGGUCAAUCAUUUGAACCAUGAUGAGCGUCUGAGUUAUCAGAGACACGAGUGGAUCGAGAAUGGCGGGUUGUUUACCCCCACCUCUUUGGAAGAAGCUGUACAAAAGCAGUUCAAACUUGAAGAGAACGGUUAUGUAACGGUCAAAAGUAUUGCAUCAAAAGACAAACCCACAGACGAAAUUCUUCGUUAUCGGAAAAUCCUUAAUGAGCAUUUAACAAUGUGGGAAGAAGCAGCUCAUGCGGCGUUCAAUCGAAGAGUGGCCGCGUUGGCUGCCGAACGGGGACCCUUGAAUUUGGAGAUCUACUUUAGGAGCGUUCCCACCCACGACAUGGUGGCGAUUAUGCUGGACGAAGCGAAGAAAUUAGCUACGGGUUCGGAGACAUAUAGUCCCACCCUCGGCAUGUUGUAUAGGUCCUUGGGACGGAAAGUGUAUGCAAGGUACAGGGUGUUGUUCAAACAGAAGACGGGCGUAUUGGAUAAGGUUUUGACUCUGCACAAAGAAUAUUCCCAUGAGUACGCGAUUGCUCACGGGAAAUACGACCACAUGCCCACAGGCGAAACAUAUGUAAAUCCUAGAGUUCAGUGGCAGUGGCUAGAGCACAAUUGUCGAGACAAGGGAUCAACAAUAUCAUCCAACCAUCAGCCAUGGGUACCGCCCGUAGUACUCGAUAUCGGAAAAUUCUUGUAUCAGAUCCUUUUGCACGACUUCAAAAUUAAUGUGGACUGGAAACACAACGGCAAACACAAGUGUUGGUUGCCCGCGUUCUACACGAUAUUUCGCAACCAAUCGCGUACGGUGACGGAAGAAAUCAAGCCCCACCCUGAACUGGCGAAAUUGUUUCGGGCCGCUCAGCCCGAAACGUUGACUUUUCCCGCCAACGAGGUGCCCAUGCUGUGCCCGCCGGUCCCAUGGACUUCCGUGGACCACGGAGGUUAUUUGCUUACCCCUUGUGAUAUCGUGAGGCUACCGGCAGAGGCGCAGGCGCAGAAGCAGAGACUGGAGGAGAGCGAUCCGGUCCAGUUGUAUCCGAGUUUCGACGCUCUGAACCAGCUCGCCUCGACACCUUGGACGGUCAACCGCAAAGUCUUGGAUAUUAUAUUAGAGGUGUUUCGCAGCGGUGGUUCUUCACGUUUAGACGUGCCCGUCGAUCCUGCCACUUUGGCGCCACCACCCGCGGCUACCUCCAAUAUGAGCAAGGCCGAAAAAUUUAAGGCGUUUCAGCAAAAGUUGCAGCACAGGAGGAUGAAAAACGAGAUGUUUUCGUUGUGGUGCGACUGCCUGUAUCGGUUGUCGCUGGCUAAUCACUUCCGGGAUCAUAUUUUUUGGCUACCGCACAACAUGGAUUUCAGGGGUCGCGUGUACCCUGUACCGCCUCACCUGAAUCAUCUCGGAUCGGAUUUGGCGCGGUCCAUACUCAUUUUCGCGGAACCGCGCCCCCUCGGUCCGAAAGGGUUGGACUGGUUAAAAAUCCACCUCAUCAAUUUGACGGGUUUGAAGAAACGGGAUUCCGUCGACGACAGAUUAAAGUACGCCAAUGACAACAUGCAUUUGAUAUUAGACUCGGCCGAUAGACCCCUCGACGGGGAGCAGUGGUGGGUGCAUUCGGACGAACCUUGGCAAACUCUGGCCUGCUGCAUGGAAAUUGCCGAUGCGGUCCGAUCCGGCGUAGACCCGGAAGAAUAUCUCUCGCGUUUUCCUGUACAUCAGGACGGGAGCUGCAACGGGCUGCAGCAUUACGCGGCACUGGGUCGCGACAGUGCCGGCGCGUAUAGCGUGAACCUCGCACCCUCGAAAGGGCCGCAGGACGUUUACAGCGCGGUGGUCGCGUUGGUCGAACGGCGUAGGAUCGAGGACGCGGAAAACGGGGUAGCGAUUGCCAAACUUUUAGAAGGUUUCGUGACGAGGAAGGUGAUCAAACAGACGAUCAUGACGACUGUGUACGGCGUGACCCAGUUCGGGGCUCGACUUCAAAUCGCCCGCCAGCUGAAGGACCUCGACGAUUUUCCCAAGGAUUCCGUGUGGGCGGCGUCGUUGUACCUAACAAAGAGCACCUUCGAUUCUUUGAAGACGAUGUUUACGUCGACGAAGGAGAUUCAAGAUUGGUUCACGGAAUGCGCGAAACUGAUUUCCGGUGUUACCAGUCAGCACAUAGAGUGGGUGACGCCGUUGGGACUUCCGGUUGUGCAACCUUACAACAAGCACAGGAAGGUGUCGCCCGGAUAUAAAGGUUACUCUAUAGACAAAUACACUAAGCCGAACACGAUGAAGCAAAAGAACGCCUUUCCCCCGAACUUUAUUCAUUCGUUGGAUUCGUGUCACAUGAUGCUGACGUCGUUGCACGCGGAGCGGGCUGGAAUAACAUUCGUCUCCGUCCACGAUUGCUAUUGGACGCAUCCGUCGACCAUACACAUUAUGAAUAGGAUUUGCCGUGAACAGUUUGUCGCACUUCAUUCGGAACCGAUUUUGGAAUCUUUAUCGCAAUUCCUCCAUAACAAAUACAGUUACGACGAAAGCGAAAUAGCUGAGGACGAUUCCGGAAUUGGCUCUACGAAGAAGCAUUUAUUAAAUUCGACCCUGCGACAGUUACCAAAGACGGGAGAUUUCGAUAUUAGAAAAGUUUUGAAGUCGAUUUACUUCUUCAGUUGACCAAUUGGUACGCUUUUAAGUAUAUAACAAUUUUUGUGGUAAAUAAAACGCAGACACUUCAGACGUUUUAUUAGAAUUUUGUUUUAUCUACAAACUGUUAAAAGGUAUAAUAAUAAUAAUCGAAAUA